AUGGAAGAGCUGAAGUCAGCAAUGGAAGCUCACAUGGACCAAAUGGCGGAUCUGGUCCAGAAACUCUCCUCGGAGCUCCGAUCCGGACUCCGACCCGCCGUUGAUAAUUUCAUUGGUUUCUUCCACGCCAUUGACUGGACGGAACCUUGGUUGAUGGGGUUAAUAGGAUUCCAUUUGGUGUUGCUGAUACUAACAAUUAUUUCAAGGAAACAUAUUAACUUCCAGAUGUCCUUGUUCCUUUUAGCUUUGGCUGGUGUAUACUUAGCAGAGAGGCUUAAUAGAAUCCUCGGUGACAACUGGAGGAGCUUUGCAAGCCAAAAUUACUUUGAUCCGCAUGGACUUUUUCUUUCAGUACUCUGGUCUGGGCCUCUUCUUGUCAUUGCAACCAUUAUUCUGAUAAACACCCUCUUUUCCUUGUGCUAUAUGAUUGUUCGGUGGAAAAGGGCUGAGCUAAGACAUCAUGCUAGGCUGGCUCGUGAAAAUAACAAGCAGGAUUGA